AUGCGCACCUACAUCGAUGAUCCAAGCAUGCCCUUCUAUCGAGUCUUGAGCGAUUGGGACGAGAUGGCGCCGGUGGGGGGUGCCGAGAUAGACGUCGCGGACCCGGCCAGGGCUAACCAGCAGGUUCGCGUGAGAAAAGAAGGAGAUCCGGCCUGGAGCACGGUGUCCAUGGACUUCGUUAAGGAAGACGGGUGCUGGCUUAUCGAGCGUCUGUGGAUUGACGACAAGAGCGUUGCGGGCGGGCGGUCGGGUGGGGGAGGAGAAGUGUCGCCGCCGCCUCCGGCCCCUCUUUCGGUGGCGGAGCUGUUUGACGAGGACCGCCUGGAGAUGAUGUCGUGCAAGUACGCCGACUAUGAUCCGGCCUGCCUAGCGGCAGAGGGAGGGGGGGAGUGGCUGGAGGAGCGGCCGAACCCUUCUUUGUCUCCGAAGGCGGUGGCCCUGACGUGCAUCCUUUCGCUGCGCCAAAAUGACGACGGAAGCGGCAGUGACGCCGCCACCGACGACAGCGGUGGGGAUGGAGAGGCGGCCGCGGCCGGCGGAGAUGCCGGGGCGACGACAGGGGCGGGGGCGAAGGCGACAAAACCGCGAUUGAAUGAGGGCUGCGAACGCGUGAUUAGGUUCUGCUCGCCCACCAACGUCGCCAGCACGCUCACGCCGGCGCACUUUGCUCAGUAUCUCAAGGAGCCGUGGUACGCCAUCUUCAACCAGUGGGACGAGCUGUCGUUUCACAGUGAGGACAUUUCGGAAGACGAGAGCACUGCGGAUCUCGUGGUUCUAUUGCGCCCCGAUAACGAAGAAGCGUGGACUUCGGUGAACUGGGAGUUGGUCAAGUGCGACGGCAUGUGGCUCACAGAGAGAAUAUGGGUGGUAGAUGUCUGAGCUCGCCAGCAGCUGAUGUUGCCGUUGACGGCGAUGAUGGCGACGGCGAUCGAUUGGUUUCCCCUCCGAAGCGCAUGCUUCACUAAAGGCAAUGUUGUGUAGUGUUGUGGGGG